ACAAUACCGACCGUGUCCGGCACCGAUCGAUGCCCUGCCGAAGCGUUCGCCGCCAUCGCGUUGCGAUUAGGAAGAGAGAAGAAGGGAUUUUGACUUCCGGCGAUCGGGUCCGGCGGCAAUGGCAUUGGCGGAGGGAUUGGUGCCGAUCACCAGGGCCUUUCUCGCCCGCUAUUACGACAAGUGCCCCCUCCCUCCGCUCUCCGACGACGUCCCCCGACUAACCGCCGAGCUCCGGGGCUUCGUCGACGGCCUCUUGAGGGAACUCGCCCCCACCUUUGGUGAGGAAUUAGUGGUGAAUGAAGCCAACCGUGAACCUCCCCAUAAAAUUGAUGAGAACUUGUGGAAGAACAGAGAACACAUUGAAGAAAUUCUGUUUUUGCUCGAGGAUUCUCAUCGACCAAGAUCGCUUCAAGAAAAAGCGACGCCUGAAGAUAUGGAUAUUGCUGCUGUCUUUGGAGAUAUUGAAGCCAAGUUUAAAACUAGUUUGAAGACACUGGAGGCAUUCCAACUAAGAAAUGCUGACAAUAUAUUUAGUACAGUUAUGACCUACAUGCCCCAAGACUUUCGAGGCUCUCUCAUUAGGCAGCAAAGAGAGCGCUCAGAGAAAAAUAGGCAAGCUGAGAUUGAUGCUUUGGUUAAUUCUGGUGGAAGCAUACGUGAUCGAUAUGCUUUACUGUGGAAGCAGCAAAUGGAGAGACGGAGACAAUUGGCUCAGCUUGGUUCAGCAGCAGGUGUAUACAAGGCGCUUGUUAAAUACUUGGUUGGGGUACCACAGGUUUUAUUAGAUUUCUUACGACAGAUCAACGAUGAUAAGGGACCCAUGGAAGAACAACGACACCGUUAUGGACCACCUUUGUAUAGCCUUACAAAAAUGGUGCUCUCUAUUAGACUGUUUCUGCUUCUUUCCUGGGGGCGUUUUGAGUCAAGAAAACUAGAGAUGGAUCAAGUAUCUAUCAUACAGCAAGCCGUGCAUGUCUACACCUCUGAGCUUGAGAAAUUCAUCAAAUUUAUAGGUGAGGUGUUUGCAAAUUCUCCAUUCUUAAUAUCAGCAGAGGAUGCAGGUGCUGCUGAAUCAAGGAAAAGUGAUGAAUACAAAGAAACCAUGAUUCCUCCAGGAAAAACACAUGAGGUUAUUUUGACAGUUGAAUCUGUAAAUUCGUAUAUUGCUUGGGAUUUUGCUUUGAUACAAGGGACACUUAGCCUGGAUAUUGGUUUUCGUGUGGAGUAUGUUAGCCCCUCAGGAGAGAUAACAAUGAUCUUACCCUAUCAACGUUAUGAGUCUGACCAAGGAAAUUUCUGCACAAUCUUGGCCGGAUCCUACAAACUCAUAUGGGAUAAUUCCUAUUCGACAUUUUUCAAAAAGAGCUUGCGGUACAAGGUGGAUGCUAUACCCCCUGUUGUGGAAUCGCCGCAGCUUCUUGCUGAAUCAGGAUAAAUUCAUCUUUCUGAACAGCUGGAGAGGUACUCUAUUAAACCACUCCUUGAUGCUAUAAUCCAAUUCUUUUUGCACUAUUUCUUUGUACCCUGGAUUGAAAUAUAUGAAUCACCAAUCUUGGGGUUGAGACUUUAUUGCUAUGUCAGCAAAAUCUGUAUUCUGUAUGCAUGUGUACUUUUGUCCCCACUCACCAAUGAACUUUGUGUACAUAAAUUUAAGUCAUGACAUUGAUAUUAUCUUCUUCCAUGCACUUCAUUUGGACAUGUUAUUCGGAAUUCUGA